CCAAUCCUUACCAUGAUCCGCAUACUAUGGGAUGACCUUGAGAACUGAAAAGCCCAUGUCCGCUCACGACUUCGGCCCGAUGUUAGCAAUAACCGAUGCCAACGUUGCCGUCCCCGCGUUUUGUUAAGGUGCCCACAAUUCCCGACAGCUUCAAACACCGACACGACGCAUUGCUUCGAGAUGAGGCAUGGAAGCAAAUGCCCCACAACAGCCUGCUGGCGCGCAGGCGGCCACCAACCCGGAUGAGGAUGAAGCUUCGAAGAUCAAGAGAACGCAGAUUGCGUGUUUAAACUGCAGGAAGAGGAAGAGUCGGUGUUUGCUAGACUCCGACAACUCGAUACCAUGCCUCCGAUGCAAGCGCGACAACCUCGAAUGCGUGCUGGGCGGCAGCAACCGUGGCGGAAGACGCGAGCGAAAGAAGAAACGCGUCGAUGAAUCGCAGUCACAGUUAGAACCGCAAUCGCAACAGCCACUCCCAUCGCUGGCGAAUACUGCACCCGAAGGAAGCUUUCACACGCUGGGAAAUCUCGGUACAACAUGGUCGCAAGACCCAGGCGUACAGCCCUUCGGCGAAGAGCUCCAAGCAUCGCGUUCAGGCUCCUCGAACACCGAUGAACUCCCCUUCUCAAAUCUGCAGAACCCUUCGGAUGCGCUGGGCAUACUGGCGAGAGUUGCUGGGGAGUCGAGCUCGAAUGACGAGAUCAACGGGACGGGUAGAAACAACAGCAUAGGACAUGCACGAGGUUCUUCUCUCAGUAUGCCUGCGCCGCUGUCCUUCUCGUACCCAUUGUUAGACCGAGGAAUACUCACCGUGCAUUCUCUCUGCCAGCUGCUCGUACGCUUCCAACAGCAGUACCAUCCAUACUACCCGCUCGCCCCAGCGCACGCCUUCGAAACAUCGCGUCUAUCCGACAUGGUGAACAACGAGAAACACCUCCUUACAGCCAUCCUCCUCAUCGCUUCCAAAGACCUCGUCGACGAACCGCACAUCUACGAAGCCUGUUCCGAACACAUGAAGAGCCUUGUCUCGACGUUAGCAGCAGGAGGCGAUGCUGGUAUUGAGGCAGUAGAAGCUCUGCUUCUGCUCGCUGAGUGGGCGCCGUAUACGCAGCGUGGCUCUGGCAAGGUUGGCAAGGGAGAGGAGGACAAGGAGAGUUGGAUGCAUGUUGGUCUUGCUCUAAGGAUCGCGUACUUCCUUGCCCUCGAUCGGUACUCAUUCCGCUUCGUGGAUCAGGGCAAGGAUCCGGACCAUCAUCGCAAGCGCCUCAUUUGGACGGCGGCAUAUGUGUCUGACCGCCAUAUCAGCAUCAGAAUCGGGAAGGCGUUCUGGUCCCGUGGACCUGGACCGCUAACAACGCUACGAAGAGAGGAUUACCCAUCGUUAAUUCCCAAAAGCCCGAACGAAGAGGACCAUGCUUCUAUCUUCCAGGCGAAUCUCGAACUCACGCAACUCUUCAGCAAUGUACACGAUACCUUGUAUUCGAACCCUAGCUCAAGCUUUCGAUCGCAGAUGAGUGGCAGCUACAUCAAAUUCAUCGACGAUUUCCGGUCAGCGAUAUACGGGUGGAAGAGCGUAUGGGGCACGUUGACAUGCUCUCCACCGCUCAAAGCAUGCCUACUCAUGUCAUACGACUACCUGCGUCUCUACACCAACGCCUUCGCCUUUCAAGCGACCGUCCUGCGCGCACUACCCUCUUCAUCCACAUCGACCGACCCCGUAGUUGGCACACCAGCCACCAUGGCAAACGGCCGCAUGCAAGUCCCCCAGCGCGUCUUUGUAAACAAUGUGGGCGCAGUAGGCGACGCGCGAUUCAUAUACGAAGGCCUCGACGCCGCAAAAGCCAUCCUUACGACCGUCAACAACUUUGUCGACCCAGAGCGCUCCCUCCGCUUCAUGCCAUUGAGAUACUACCUCUACCUCGUCUACGCCGGCGUCUUCCUCUACCGCGCACGCUGCACAGGCGUCAUAAGCGCAGACGAAGACCGCGCCAUCCGCGCCAUGAUCAACGAAACCGUCGCGCGCCUCGAGCGCAGCGCCGUAGGAGCCGGCGCUGGUAUACAGCACCCUGGAUCCCGCUACUCACAACUCCUCAAGCUCCUCUGGGCGAAAGUGCCGAAGAAAGACAAAGCGAGCCGCUCGUCUUUCCGCCAUCCGGGCACGCAUAUUGCUAGUAACCCGGUUGAUCAGAAUGGGUUUCCUCAACAUCCCAUUGUGGGGGCGAGUCCGCAGGCGAGUAGUAACGGGACGGGGGAGAGCCCGGCGCUUACGGAGCAGAUGGGCGAUUUUGGGUGGACGGACUUGGGCGCUGUUAAUGAGUUCGCGGUGGGUGGUGGUGGGGGGAAUGCGCCGGCGGAUGAUGCGGCGUUAUGGAAUGGGUUUUUGCCGCUGGAUAUGGGAUGGAAUGCUCAGGGGCUUGGGUUUGAGGGUAUGGGCUUUGAUUCUAAUGAGCUGGGGAUGUUGUUCUAGUUGAGGCGUCGUGGUCGUUGUAAGGCGGAUGAUUGUAUACCAUGAAUUCUAGGUGCUUAUAAAGAACAGCUAGUCCUAUACCGACACAUUGUUCAAUAUCUCUGUAAACCCAACCAGCGAAGUCUGCUCUUCGAGGGUCCAAGUUCUCAUUC